AUGAAUUCCAACACUGUGCAACAGAAUCUGCGGAGCAUCAAUGCAAAUGUCAGAAUGGAGCUUGGUCAUGCAAAGGCUUUGACUGGAGAAGAUGUAAACCUUGUACCGCUAUGGGACUCAUUCUUAGAGAACAGAUUCGCAGAAGUCGAGAAUUAUGGGAAGGAUUGGCUUGAAGGGCGUGUCGAAAGGGCACUGAAAAAUAUUACAGAAACUCGCAAGAAAUAUCGUAGCCUUCUCACCCAGAUGCAAAAGCAAGAGAAGGGAAAGCAGGCAGAGCGGCACCGAAAACUCCAGCACCAGAAACAGCUGUCUUUCGAAAAACUAAGAGAAAGCGCAAAGCGCAAGGUCGUUCAUCAAAGACAACUGAUCAGUCAAUUAACAAAGAAGCACGCGGCAAUUACGAACCCGACCAAGGCACAGACCAAGGCCUUCGACAGCAAGGUGACUACUGCCAAAAAGAAUAUGCUCCGGCAUGAGAAGACGGUGAUGAAGGCGCAGCGACGUAUCCAUGUCCUAUAUGCGCAUUCAUUGGAGGGCAUCCUUCGCAACUUAAGGAAGGAUCAGCAGCGGGUGUUGGCAUUCAAAAAGGCCAUACCCGCCUUGCGAUUAUUGCGACCGUGA